AUGCUUUAUGAUCAAAUUGCUGAAUAUAUAGCAACAUCUGAAGAAUAUACAAAAAUGGUGCCUCAUAUUUCGAUUAAUUAUUCAAAUCGCACAAGUUUUGAAUUAAGUGAGAGAGCAGAAAAAGUUGAAAUUUCACAAAUAGGUUUUAGUAUACUAAAAUAUGCCGACUAUGAAAUUUCCAAUAUUUACAAUCCAAGCGUCAGAUAUUCAUUUUUCCACGUAGAAAGGGAAUUUGGAGGCUUUUUUUAUGUUGAAAUCUAUAUAAAGAAAGUAGAAGCUGAAGGAUGA